GACAUUUGUAAUACAUUGCUAUCACCCUCCUGUUAUCUAGGCUCCGUGGUUCAAUUUAUAAACACAUUGACUUUAUGUUCGUUGUAAAGGUGAUUCGGAGUUAAUCUAGUUUACUGUGUAGCUAUUUUCACAUUUAUUGUUAGUCUUCUUCCAACACUGAGAGACGUAUAAACGAUAUUAAAUCGUUUUAGCUUAACGCAGCGCUAUCGCGUUGUUCGCUUAUUGUGUUGAAAUAUGUCGGGAUGUUUUGUCACGAUGGUCACAAUUCGUAACGCGCUCGGAUCCGAAUGUAACGAAUGAGCAGCAUGAUCACGAUGAUUCGGUAUUUCACGUAGAUAAACGAACGAAGCGUUAUCGAGCUGUAUGACACAAUCCGACACUUUUAAAAACCUGUUCGAGUUAUUUAACCCGUAAAGAGGGAAUUUGUACUUUGCAUCGAAUUGUUUUAAUAAAUGUGUCGUUAGUAGAGUUCAGUAGGCGUCUAAUGGCAUGUGAGGCCGCCGCGAUGUGGCCUGGAGUACAACUUCUACUACUGUUACUAGCAGUCCUGCUACAUUCUUCAAGAUGUUCGCAGGCAAAAGUGAACUAUCGAGAGAAGGAGAAGGAGGUGUUGGACAACAUCCUAGGUCCAGGAAGAUACGACGCGCGUAUCCGGCCGAGCGGGGAAAAUGGAACAGAUGGGCCGGCCAUUGUCCGGGUAAACCUGUUUGUGCGAAGCAUCGCGACAAUUAGUGACAUCAAGAUGGAAUACUCCGUACAAUUAACAUUUCGGGAACAAUGGAUUGACGAGAGACUACAAUUUAAUGACUUCAAAGGUCGACUGAAAUAUUUAACGUUAACAGAAGCUAAUCGCGUAUGGAUGCCGGAUUUAUUCUUUGCGAAUGAAAAGGAGGGUCAUUUUCAUAACAUUAUUAUGCCCAACGUUUAUAUACGAAUCUUUCCAAAUGGUUCGGUUCUUUACAGUAUACGAAUAUCAUUGACACUUUCGUGUCCCAUGAAUUUGAAAUUGUAUCCUCUGGACAAACAAAUUUGUUCUCUACGCAUGGCCAGCUAUGGAUGGACGACUACAGACUUGGUCUUCCUUUGGAAAGAAGGUGAUCCCGUCCAGGUUGUUAAGAACUUACACCUGCCUAGGUUCACUCUAGAAAAAUUUCUAACUGAUUAUUGCAACAGUAAAACAAAUACCGGAGAGUACAGUUGCCUAAAAGUAGAUCUCCUCUUCAAAAGAGAAUUCAGCUACUAUCUCAUCCAAAUCUACAUCCCCUGCUGUAUGCUUGUCAUCGUCUCCUGGGUCUCUUUCUGGCUGGAUCAAAGUGCUGUACCGGCUCGAGUAUCGUUAGGCGUGACGACACUACUGACGAUGGCCACGCAAACAUCGGGAAUAAAUGCCUCACUGCCACCAGUCUCCUAUACAAAGGCCAUCGACAUUUGGACAGGGGUAUGCCUGACCUUUGUGUUCGGCGCACUUCUCGAAUUUGCUUUGGUGAAUUAUGCGUCGCGUAGCGACAUGCACAGCGACAACAUAAACAAAAAAUUUGCUAGCGAGAUGGAACAUUCUUCCUCGGUUGAUCCAACAUCAGAAAUCCUCGACGCGGAUAGUUCAGCGAAUUUCGCUAUGGUCGUGGCUGUCCAAGUUCCCGACGAGGUCCAAGCGCAUCGACGUCAUCUCCCGAAUAUUCUUCCCCAUCGUAUUCGCUUUUUUCAACCUAACGUACUGGUCCACGUACCUGUUCCGGGACGAAGCGGGGGGCCAGUAAACUUCGACGAGGAAGCGCUCGGAUCAAGGGACGUGGCUCGCGGCCAUCCCCAUCAUUAUUCCCACGGAAGAACACAUCGUUCACGUCCUAGACAUCGACAACAACAACAACAACAACAACAACAACAACAAUUACAACAACAACAAAAACAACAGCAGCAGCAGCAGCUGCAACAGCAACGACGGCAACAUUUGUUACAAUCGUCGCAAUCGUCGCAGCCGUCGCAGCAGCAGCAGCAGCAGCACCACCAUCACCACCACCACCAUCACCAUCACCAUCACCAUCACCAACAAGAACGUCGCCGUCAUCAUCGUCAUAGAAUUCAACAACAACAACAACAACAAACGCUACAGGCACCACCACCACCACCACCACCACCUCUACCACCCCAACAAGCACCCACAGGACCGUCGUACUCGCCCGUACAAACGCUCGAAGACGACCGUGGCUACUCGCCGAGAAAUUCCAAACAUUCCUGUAAAAGCUCGACGAGAUCGUCGCAGUCGGCUUCGCCGUCACCGUCGUCGAGAACGGCGACCCCAUCACCACCGUCGGCACCCGUUAGGCCGGCCCCACCUAGACGUUUUCAUCGUUUUCCACAAUUUUCUUCGGCACAUACCGGAAGGUGCUGUUGGGGUUUGUUACCCCGCGGGUGGUUCACCUGCAAGGCCAAAGGUAGCGCUAGAAUCGACUUUAUAUCGCGCGCAGCCUUUCCUCUCAUGUUCAUCCUCUUCAACCUAGCCUAUUGGUCCACGUACCUCUUUCGAGGUGAGGAUUCCGUGGAUUCGAAUUAGUGAGAUGCGUUCCGACUACGAGGCAGAUGAGAAUCGAUUAAAAAAAAAAAUAUAUAAAAGAAAGAGGAUCAAGAUCAAGGAAGAAUGGGAAGGAUGAAAGAUAGAUAGAUAGAUAGAUAGAUAGGUAGACAAAAAUAGAUAUCGAAUGAACGAGAUUAGUUUCAUUGAUGGAAUGAAAAUACAGGUCAUCUCAAAGUUUGAGGCAUGAUAAAGAACAAGAAUAAGAAAAAAACAAACUACUCUAUCUUGAUUGAAAAAGGUGUUCUCUUUGGCCAAUUUCGUCGGUCACACCAAAGACCACGCUAGGAAGUCCAAGGGAAAGAUUUAAUUCUAUCGCAAAUGGAAACGGCGGACGUAAAAAGAGAAAGAAAAAGAAUGGAAACCGGAGGGAGAGAAGGAGGGAGAGGAUGAAGAUGAAGAAGAAUUUUCGGUGACGACGCCGAUAUGGAAGAAGAUGAAGAAGAUGAAGAAGAUGAAGAUGAAGAAGAAGACGUGAAGGAAUAUCGGUGUGGGACAAGUUGUUCGGACGUGAAAGUGAUGGAACUCUUGCGUUGCCUUUCUUCCAUCAAAAGACAACGUGAGAGGUAUACGGAAAAACACAUACACAAACACACAGAACACACACAUUGAUUAACACGCACACACGUAUGCUGGUGUCAUCAUGCUCUCAAAACGAUAUAACAUAUAAGUAUCGUGAGUUGAGGGUUCGAAGGACACGCGUCAUAUUUGGAUACACGAAUACACGUACACACAUACACGUUAAUAUAUAUACACAAAAAUAAUACAUUUAUAUCAACACUUAAAUACGCUGCACAUUUGUACACUAAUAAAAAAAAAAACACAAAUAAAAUAACACACA